AUGAUCAGAAAAGUAUGUCCUUAUUCAUACAUUUGCUGCAAGCAUCUCAAGCUGAUUUGGUGCGCAGUCGUAGGCUGGCUAGGAAACGGCGGCAAGUCGAAAGGGUCGAGCCAACAUCAUGCCAGUCUGCGGAAUCUUCGAUCUGAUGAUGCUUGCCAGUUCCUGCUGGAAAACAGCAAGUUCACACAAUGGUACCACGGCACCGGCCCUCGACAGCUCGCAAUUCUUGGCGCCAUGGGAUCAGGAAAAACCGUCGCGAUGUCUUUUCUUAUCGACGAGCUGCGCCGGCGGAACCAGCACCAGUUGCCUCAGCCCAAAGUGUGCUUCCACUAUUGCCGAGAUGACGGAACAGGCGAGGCCGUUCACGUCCUCUCUUCUUUGAUUCUUUCACUCCUCCAGCAGCUUCCCGGUCUGAAGAAGGGCUUCGUCGAGUGGUAUCAGCAAGCGACGUCGUCCGGCAUUGACCCAGCCACGGACUUCAAGACACUUGAAGAGUGGCUAGCGAACACCCUGCAGACGCUGGAUCGCCCCCUCAUCUUCACCAUUGACGGACUAGACGAAUGCGACAAACAAUCGCGGAAUCGUCUGCUUCAGUCAUUGAGAAACCUGACACGAGAGACUCCGAGGCUCAAGAUCCUGCUCUCCUCCCGUCCAGACCCGGCCAUUAUGAAACAACUGAGAGGAGUGAGCACAAUUUGUGUGCCUUCCGAUGACGCAACAAGAGACCGUCUCAUCGUCAAGAAGACUGUUGAGACUCGCUUGACCGAUCUGCCUGAACAGGUCAAAGCGCUCACCAUCGAGGAGCUUUCCCGUCUGGCGCAGGGAAGCGCCAUCUGGACCAAGAUGACCGUCGAACUCAUUGAAAUCCGCAAAAUCAGCGCCCUCGGCCCCUUGCGAGCUUUCUUGAAGGAAUUGCCCCAACCAGAAAGACUGUCGGAACUCUAUGCCAACCUCUUCUCCCGCUACACCGGGGACGAUCCCGAGAACCAGAAACUUGCCAUCGCAGCCUUGGAGAUCCUCGCCGUCGCCCGAAGACCGCUGUCCAUUUUGGAACUAGGUUGGGCGGCGAGCCUGGGAACGGCUACCGAUGCGGUCACGAGAGUGGGCGCGCUCGCCGAACUGGCGGAUCCUCUCAGGAUCCUGAAUCUAAUUCGGCCUUUUGUCGUGCCGGUCUAUGACAGAGACAUGACAAAGCGCCAAGUCAAGCUCGUGCACCAGUCAGUCAAGGAGUUCAUCGUUCAGCAAUGGGCUGCGCCGGAGCACGCGCAGCCCCAGCAGCGGAUUGAGAGGCUGGAGGCAAGGCUCCUGAACAUCUGCAUCAGAUACCUUCUUCUUCCGGAGAUGGGCAAUGAAGAUCUGUUUUCCGAUGUCCUUCUUGCCAUCGGCGAGUUACCCCAUGGUUCCGACCUGUUUACCGACGAUGACCAGCCAAACGAAUACGACCACUACUGCUCGUGGGAAGCCUGGGAAGAAGACAUGAUCCACUACGACCCCGUCGCGCGCGGCUUCGGCGAAUUUUUCGUGUACGCUUCGUGUUAUUGGACCGAGCAUCUCGGCGCCGUCUCUACCGAGACCCUGUUGCCAUCCCUAGACGACAUUGAACUGGUCUGCCAGGCGGGCUCCAAGCGGCUUCAGAACUGGAUCCUGCAGAACUGCCGCCCAGAUUGCGCCAUCAAGCCGCGGUUCCCAUUCGACCCCAGCCUGUACGACCCGCUCAGCAUCGUUUCGCUCUACGGUUCCGAAGCGUUGCUGCAGCGCAUGCUCGACCGCGCAGACGUCGGCAACACGGACAGGUAUCUCCCCGAUGCUGCCAUGGCAGCUGCCGACCAGAUCCUGCAGUUUGGCGACCUGUCUCGGCUGGAGCUGCUCUGGCGGAGCAAGCUCGGCCCUCAGAUCCGCAACAGGACCUUCGCCAAGCUGGCCGUGAAGCAGUGGUCCAUGAGACCAUUCGACAAGCAGCGCAGUCGCUGGGACGUCGUGUUCGGACUCAUCGAUGGCAUGUUCGAUUUGAUGGUCAAGGAAGGAUGGGAUGGAGAGCUCUUGCGCGCAGCCACCCAGACAGGUUGCACGCCUAUGGUACAGCUGUUGUCGGACAAGGUCCAGCAGAUUUCUGAGGCUAGCCACUAA